AUGGAAAUUGUAUACGUCUACCAGCGAAAACGUAAAGAGUUUGGAAAACAACCUCUUUUUUCAGAGCGUUCAGCAGAGCUGGCUGUUAAUAUUCCUCCAGAACCAGCCUAUAUCAAAAACUAUGUUGAACGAAACCCAUGCCAAGCGGAAGUGCAAUGUGCUCCUGAAAAGUCGGAGCAUGAGGUGAAUACAGAAAGUUUUUCCUUUACCAAUCGAGGUAUUCUGCAUACACAAGGUGGCUGGCCAAAAGAUGUCGAUCCAACUGAUGUUGAGCACACUAUCCGUUACCGUAAAAAGAUAGAAAAGGAUGAAGAAUACAUGCGUGCCAUUAAAUCUCUUGGAGAUUCCAUGGAGCACUGUAUCAAGCAAAACAAUGCAAUUGAUAUCUAUGAAGAAUAUUUUGUUGAUGCAGUAGAUAAUAUUUCAGCUGAACCGCCAGCUGCCAAAUCAAUCAAUGUAUACAGAGAUCCUAAUUCUAUCAAAAGGCCAGCAUCCUACUUGUCAUGGUAUCCCGACGAUGGACAUAAAAUCGCGGUGGCAUAUUCUGUGCUAGAUUUUCAAAAAAUGCCUGCCAACAUGUGUUUAGAUUCGUAUAUUUGGGAUGUUGAAAACCCAAACACUCCUGAACAGACCUUGUCACCAGCAUCACCAAUUGUAAGCAUCAAAUACAAUCCUAAAGAUCCACAUAUUCUUGUUGGUGGAUUGUACAACGGACUCUUGUCAUAUUGGGAUACACGUAAAGGAUCAUUUCCAGUAGAUACAUCACCCAUUGAAAAAAGUCAUCGCGAUCCAGUAUACAAUGUUUCGUGGGUGCAGUCCAAGUCAGGCUGUGAAUUUUUUUCAGUGUCAACUGAUGGACAGGUUUUGUGGUGGGAUAUUCGAAAGCUGAGCGAACCAACUGAAACGAUGAUUAUUGAUCCCGAAAAAAAUGGCAGUAUUGUCGGAGGUACUGUUUUGGACUUUGAAACUACCAUGCCAACCAAGUUUAUGGUUGGAUCAGAAAACGGCAGUAUUUUCAUGUGCAACAAAAAAGCCAAAAAUCCAUCCGAAAAGAUUACACAUAUUUACCCAGGUCAUCAUGGUCCAAUAUGUGCACUUCAGCGUAAUCCAUUUUUCCUCAAAAACUUUUUGACUAUUGGCGAUUGGAAAGCACAAAUUUGGGCAGAAGAUGUAAAAUCGCCUAUUAUGUCUACCAAAUACAGCAUGCAGUACUUGACCGAUGGGUGUUGGAGUCCAACACGUCCAUCUGUAUUCUUUACAUCCAAGAGAGACGGCACACUUGAUAUAUGGGAUUAUAUUUUCAAGCAAAACGAACCAACUCUCACUGUUCAGGUGUGCAAUUCCCCCAUUCAUUGCAUCAAGGCACAAGAGCAUGGUAGAAUCCUUGCAGCUUCUGCUCAAGAUGGGUCUACAACUAUUUUUGAACUGUCUGAUGGUCUUGCUAAAUUGCAAAACAACGAAAAAUCUAUUUUUUCACAGAUGUUGGAACGCGAGGCCAAACGUGAAAAGACAUUAGAGAGCUCUGCCAGAGAAAAAAGAAUCAAGGCAGCUCAAAAACGUCCCAAUUCUGGUGCAUCAAAACCAACUGGAUCAGCACUGGAGGAUUUGAUAAAAUCAUGUGAAGAAGACUUUUUCAAUUAUAUUGAUGAUGGGUCGGGAGCGAUUCGGGACGAGGCAUUUGCGCGUAUUCGAGACUUUGGUAAAAAAGGCAAAGACAACGACAACGACAUGGCUACUGCACCAGCUGCUGAUGGGUAUACAGAAGCAGGGAUUCCAGUAGUGUGA